UGCUUUCUAUUUACGGAAAGCACAUUAUUAUACAAGCGUACCAAAAGAAAAGAAUUACACAUUUUUUUUUUUUUAUUGGAAUUGUAAUUUCAUUGUUCAAUGCGUGAAUAACGAAAUAUUAUAUUAAUUUUAUUAUUAAUUUAUAAUGCAGCAAUUUUUAAAUGUGUUAAUCAUUGAUUAUAUUUUUUUAGCAUAAAAAUUAGAAAAUAAUAUACACACAAUAUGAAUUUACGAGAACCAAAAAAGAAGCUGAGGGCAAAAGUACAAAAUAAAUCUCCUUUACCAAUUACAUUAAAUGAAACAGAAUGGGUUGUUUAUACAGCUUAUCUUACAGACAUUGGAUCUUGCAUUAUCGAUUCAGAUGAAAUUGCAGCAGUGCAUUCCAUGGGAUUUUUUGGUAAGGGUUCUUUAUCAAGAAGCUAUCCAUCAUUUGGAAAAGCUAGAUAUGGAGCACCACCUCUUAUUAGAAAUAGGCAAUGGGCUCGUCGACAAGAGUGGUCACAAGAAGUUAAACUACUUGAUGAAGAAUUCUAUCAAGAAAAUAAUUAUGAUAAAAAUUCUAUAAAAUCAAUGAAAAAUGAUGAUUGUGAUGCUAAUGUAUCAAAUCAAUCUACAGAUACUAAGGAAAAAGAAGCAAUAGAACCAUCCAAUAAUGAAAAGAAACAUGAUGAACCAGAUAUUAUGGAAAUUCAUGUAAAUAUACCUAACAUGAUAAAAAAUAAAGACGACAAACAAAUAAUCAAUGAUAAUGAAUUCUGUGAAAUAGUUCCUUGUUCUGAAGAAGAUGUAUGUGUACUUAUUAAUAAAGAAUCUAUAAAAGAUAUUGACCAAUCAAUGGUUAAAGAAAGUGAUAAAAAGAUUUUAGAAGAUCAUCAUAUAGAUUUAGAUAAUUCAGACAAUUGUGAUUCAGUAACAGCAAGUGCACAUAUUAAAAAGAGGAAAAAUAAUAUACAAGGACAGUUAUUAAUUCUGCCGGACAGUGAUUCAGAGACAGAAAAUUAUCUAGAAAAUAUCAAACCAAGAAUUGAAUCUGAAAGUUUUCCAGUUAGAGAAUCUCUACAUAUGACUUUUGAAGAAACCUUUUUUCUUAUGUUUGGUUUAGGUUGUUUGCAAUUAAUUCAUUUUGAUGGUACUUUAAUGGAUAUUAAUAAUGCUUGGUUGUAUUUUUCCAAAGAAGAUACAAAUUUUGUACAAAAAUAUGUUGUAUACCAUUAUUUCCGAAGCAAGGGUUGGGUAGUUAAACCAGGCCUUAAAUAUGGAGGAGACUUUUUAUUGUACAAAGAAGGGCCACCAUUUUAUCAUGCUUCUUAUAUAGUAAUAAUAGAUGUAGUGGAUGCAGAUUUAUUGACUAUAAUUCCCAGUAAAUCUAUGCGAAAAAUGACCUGGAGUAACUUAUUUGGUUUAGAUCGCUUAUCUGAAAGUGCUGCUAAGUUGAGGAAUACUAAUUUUUUUUAUAGGAAAUAUUAUUUGCUCAAGUUUUGUGGCCUUCGUCAAUAUCUUUGAAUUCUGGCCCAUCCAGUCCAUGUAUGCUAUCUGAAUUCACAGUGAGAGAAUUAUUAUGGAGGCGAUGGAAUCCGAAACAAAAUCAAGAUGUAAUGAUUGUAGAAGAAGAAGAAGAUGAAGAUUCAUGUUAAAAGCAGUCAAUAUAUAAUUUAUUUUGAAAUAUCUGAUUGCAAAAAUAAAAAUCAGUAUUUUUAU